AUGCUGAACAAGAGCCUCGCUGCGCUGGUGCUUCUGGUGACGCUGUCCUCGGCGUACUGCCAAGCUUGGCCCACGCCCCCGGUGGACUUCUGGGCAGCGUACCGGCGCUUUUACCCGGCCGACGGCAGUUCGUGGACGGCACAGUCCAGUCCGACCGCCGUGCUCUACCAGCCCACCAACCUCCGCUACCCGCCAGACAGGAUGGACCCGUACCGCUUCGGCUUCACGACGGACCGCUACGGUCGCGGAUUCGGCUACAGCUGCAAGGACGUGUUCGAGUGCCAGGCCCUCAAGGAGAAGCAGGAGCUUGAAGAGGGCUACCGAGGUCUACAACCUCCUCCUCGAAGCCCCUACCCGCGGCAGCCGCCCCUACCCCCGCCCUUCAAUCCGCAGCAGGCUCUUCAGCAACAGCAGCCUCUUCAGCGGCUCAGCCACCAACAGCUGAGCCACCAGGCGCGCUACCCUCCGUCCGCGAGGCUGCCUCUGCCGGGGCCUUACUGGUGA